CAAUCACAUUUCAAACUAGAAGCAUCAUUUUAACAUUUAAUAAAAUAUUCAUUGGAUUAUUCGAAAAUAUGGCUUCAGUUAAAGAUCAAGUGCUGUGGAACAACAGUCGCAAAUCAUGGCUGCUGUAUAUUUUCUUGAAACUCGUUUGUUUCCUCAAAUUGCCAUUCGCUAUUGCUGAUAAUGACGAUGGUGAAGUGCCGCAAACAAACAAUUUUUCGUCGAUGCUCAGCGUUUUAUGGGCCAUUCUAUUGGGCAUUUUAUUUUACUUGAUGUGGAAGAAAUACUUUGGUGUCGUCUUAAAUGCAAAUUUGGUACAAACCAAUUAUGAUGAACACAAUAAUAUACCUGAGGAAAUAAUUGAUGAACCAUGUGAUGAAAUGCGCGAUGGAAUACAAAAUAAGACAAACCAUGAAUUAUGCGAUGGACCUAUCAAUGAAAAACGUGAUGAUGAAUGCGAUAAAGCAAGCGACGAAAGAUUCAAUGCAAGAUUCAUUUGCAAUGAAACAAGCAAUGAAGCCGGACCGAAAGAAUGCAAUGAAAUACACAAUGAAGCAAGCAAUGAAGCCGAUGUAGUCGGACCGGAAGAAUUCAAUGAAAUACACAAUGAAGCAAGCAAUGAAUUACGCGAUCGACCUAUCAAUGAAAAAGAAAGAUUCAAUGCAAGAUUCAUUUGCAAUGAAACAAGCAAUGAAGCCGAACCGAAAGAAUGCAAUGAAAUACACAAUGAAGCAAGCAAUGAAGCCGUACCGGAAGAAUUCAAUGAAAUACACAAUGAAACAAACAAUGAGGCCGGACCGGAAGAAUUUAAUGAAAUACACAAUGAAGCAAGCAAUGAAGCCGAUGUAGCCGGACCGGAAGAAUUCAAUGAAAUACACAAUGAAGCAAGCAAUGAAUUACGCGAUCGACCUAUCAAUGAAAAACGUGAUGAUGAAAGCGAUAAAGCAAGCGAUGAAAGGUUCAAUGCAAGAUUCAUUUGCAAUGAAACAAGCAAUGAAGCCGAACCGAAAGAAUGCAAUGAAAUACACAAUGAAACAAACAAUGAGGCCGGACCGGAAGAAUUUAAUGAAAUACACAAUGAAGCAAGCAAUGAAGCCGAUGUAGCCGGACCGGAAGAAUUCAAUGCAAUACACAAUGAAGCACGCAACGAACUAGUCAAGGAAUCUCGGAAUGAAAAACUCAAUGAAAUUCGAUCGGAAUGCGAGAAAUCUGGCAAUGAGUUAAGCGAUGAUUCUCAAUGUGAGCAAUACAUCAAAUCGUCAUCAGUGAGCGCACUUCAAUGCCAAAGCAAUGUUGCUAGAGAUGAGCCGAUGUACGAAAAGUUAUGCGAUGAUGAUUUGCCAUCAACAAGCAAUGAACGAAGCUUCGGAUCAAGCUCUGUAAUUGUAGAUGAUCAACAACCUUCAACAAGUCGCGGAAUUCAACGUUUGCGAGCAUUGCCAGUAUGCAUUGUGAAGCCAGUUGAUCGCAAUGGAAAUUCACUUGAUCGUAGUCAAGUUGAUUCCGCAACAAAUCGCAAUAAGCGACAGGAAUUAAAUGAUUUGCUUCGCACUCAUUCGAAUCGUAAUCUAAUCCGUCUAAUGAUAUUUCGUGCACGGCGAGUUAAGAAGAGAAGAGAGGCCCCCAUAGACAAGCCAUUUUGGAAUUGGGAAAUUGUUAUUAUAAUGUUUUUUUUGUAUUUCCUGUUCCUUGGAAUUUCACUUUUAUGGCUUAAUAAGGGGUGCAAACAGGAUUGAUUUGAUUUGUGAAAAUGCAGAAAUGUGAAGCUCUUUUUUUUCAUUUUGUUUAAUCCGAAUUUUACUUUGUUGUCCAUUUUUUGUUUUGCACUUUGCAUCUAGUCAAGAAAUGAAAACAAACAUUCGCAUAUGUCUAUCGAAAUGUUAUUAAAUGUGCGCUUCAGCAAAAAAACUUUCA